AUGGCCCCAUUCAUUCAACAAUACCCUAGGGAUAGUUCAUCGCAUCCAACUCCUCUUUCUGACCCUAACUCCAAGUCUACAACAAUGGGCCAGCAAGCAUCCGUCCCCCAACCGGACACACAACUCCAAGUGAUUGGCGCAGGACUCUCACGGACGGGGACCGCCUCGUUCAGUGCGGCUCUGGAGAUCCUUCUUGACGGACCCAUCUAUCACGGCGGCACGCAAAACACCAUGGGCCCGCCCCUGGAGAUCAAAUCCUGGAUUCAAAUCCUCCGGAGCUGGUUUGCUGGCGACCGUGCGACCACUCUCUCCCUCCUCCAGCGACGGACCACCGGUUACGCAGCCAUCACCGACGCACCCGCCUCGCAAUUCGUGCCCGAACUUCUCGCCCUCUACCCCGACAGCAAGGUCAUCGUCACCGUCCGUGACCCGGAGGCUUGGGUCAAGAGCAUGCAGCAGAUCAGCUCGCUGGCUAAACUGUGGUUUCUAGGCGCGGUGCUGCUGCCACUACCAGGGAUGCGACAUUUCGUGACCUAUAUCUCCCUGCUACAGGCACAGUGGGAUAAGAUCUAUGACGGCUCAAGGGAUAACGCCUAUAUCUACGAGCGCCAUCUGGAGUGGUUGAAAGAGGUCGUUCCCGCAGAUCGGCUGGUCUUCUUCAAUGUGAAAGAUGGCUGGGGCCCCUUGUGCGAGGCCCUGGGGAAGGAGAUCCCCAAGGAUCUCCCUUUUCCUCGUAUUAAUGAUUCCAAGGCGAUCGAUCGCGUGGCUGAGUAUCACAUCAAGAGAGGGCUGGCGCGUUGGGCAGUCGCCUUUACAGUGGUUGGGGCCUUCAGUGCCUGGUGGUUCAUGAGGGUUUAA